GAGCGGCGGGCGCUCCGUUUCCGGGUCAGGCCCUCUCCCACCGGCCGGGGCUUGCUCUUCUUCUCCAUGGCUAGCGGCGGUGGCGCGGGCGCGGCGGCCUCGACCAACCUCAACGCCGUGCGGGAGACCAUGGACGUUCUUCUUGAGAUUUCAAGAAUUUUGAAUACCGGUUUAGAUAUGGAAACGCUGUCUAUUUGUGUACGACUUUGUGAACAAGGAAUCAACCCGGAAGCUUUAUCGUCUGUUAUUAAGGAGCUUCGCAAGGGUACUGAAGCACUGAAGGCUGCUGAAAAUACAAGCUGACUUCCGGGAAAGUCCUGAACACAUAUGCCAAGCUCUGAAAGAAAAUUUGAAGAUUGCAUUGUAGUCAAGAUGUACAAUGAUAUUACUGCUUGCUGCGUAGAAAAUGUUUUCUUUUUAAAAGCAUUUUAAAACCA